UAAUUUUCUUAAAUAGUUUUGUGGGGAUUCAUCAGUAGGAAUGAUUGAAUAAGUAGCACCAAACAAAUUUUGAUAUGUAUAUGGAUGUUUUCACGAGUGUUGGUGCAGAGAUGGGAAGAGGAAAAAUAGAGAUAAAGAGAAUUGAGAACACAACAAACCGCCAAGUGACGUUUUGCAAGAGGAGGAAAGGACUGUUGAAGAAAUCCUAUGAACUUUCAAUUCUUUGUGAAGCUGAAGUUGCCCUCAUCGUUGUCUCCAGCCGCGGCCGCCUCUCUGAGUACUCCAACAGCAAGUCAGUCAUAGAGAGGUUCAAGGAGGCGUCUUCAGAUAAGUUGAAUACAGGUUCUUCCAUAGAGAUCAAUGCUCAGUAUUAUCAGCAGGAAUCAGCAAAGCUCCGGCAACAAAUUCAGGUGUUGCAGAACUCGAACAGGCAACUAAUGGGUGAUUCUUUGAGCGCUUUAACUGUGAAGGGGCUGAAAAAACUGGAUAAUGGGCUUGCACGAGGCCUUACAAGAAUCAAGUCGGAGAAGCAUAAAAUUUUGCUAGCUGAAAUUGAGUACUUUCAGAAAAGGCAGAUUGAGCUAGAAAAUGAAAACAUGUUUCUCUGUUCUAAGAUUGCUGAAUUUGAGAGGUUUCAUCAAGCAAACAACAUAGUGACUGGACCAAAGCUAAAUGCAGUUCAUGAAUUAGCUUCUCAAAAUUUCUUCAGUCCAACUAUGAUUGAAAAUACUAAGACUGCAUACUCUCACUUCUAA